UCUCAUUCCAUCCAUAAUCACAUCAGCAGCCCACCACAUCGCACCGCCACCCUCGCCUGAUUUUAUAUCGUUGAAGCUCCAGCAAAAGGAGCUUUGCUGCGUAACCAAGAAUGGCCGCCCGCGUCGCCGCCACCCUCGUCGCGCUCCUCGUCGCCCUCUUCGCCGUCGCCGCCACGGCGCAGGCCCCGGCGGCGGCGCCCAAGAUGGCUCCGCUGCCGCCGCCGCCCAAACGGGCCCCGAUGGCCUCCCCGCCCGCGCCGCCCAUGGGGAGCCCGGCCUCCGCUCCCUCGGCCUCCGUCCCGGCCAUGAGCCCGCUGGGCGGGGGCCUUGGCGACGCUCUGCCCCCGGCCGGAGCCUCCGCCAUGACCCCGGCAGCGGCACCCGCAACGGAGAAGAGCGCCGCCGCGUCUGCUGCUGCCGCCAGCUUCGUCGCCGUCGCUGGCGCUGUGGUCGCUGCCGUAGUGUUCUAGACGACGAUGUGGCCUGUGGCGGUGGAGGCCAGGCGCUCUGCUGUGCUCGGCUCUCCUCUGCUGUUGAUACAUGUACUCUGUUUCUUCGUUUUUUGGUGAAUUCUUUAUUUAUUAUAUUUAGUUUGUUGUUUCCGAGCCUGAGACAGAGAUGAGGAUAUGUAAUCCAAUUUUUAGACGGCAGCUGAUUCUAUGCUUAUAUGAUGAGAUUAUAUUGGUUCA